UACGUACCCGACUCAUCUGUAUUGUAUCAUUAUCAUUACUACUUAACUGAUCAAUAUUUUAUUGACUUUUUCGAAAUGAAUUAUAUACUUAGAUCUAUAUGCUUACUAUGCUUGGGUAUUUGCUCGAUCUGGCCUACUGCUCACCCCAUUAAUUUCAAAUGCCAGUGAACCAAAUACACAUGGAAAUAGUUCAACACCGCCCUUGGAUCAACAUCACCAUCACCAUCAACAUCUAAAUCAAUCUUUCUUGAUUUGUCCAUCUGCACUACAAGCUGACUAUCUUGAUGGAGUGUUCAAUAAUCCACAGAUGAACUAUCAAGCUAAAGGACUGAAUGAUUUAUUCGGUACACUCUAUUGGAUAUGGAAUGACAAUCUAUUGAAUACCUCAUGUAAUGAAUCUAAUCCCCUGGGGAAUAGAGAAUAUUUGAAGAAGAAACCUUCAAAGUAUAUUUCACCACUUCUAUUGCAUAAACAAGAAUCACAGUGCUUUACUCAGGAUGACCCGCUGCAUGAUGCUGUUGGUCCAAAAUACUCCAGUUUCUCAAAAUUCUCCCCACAUCAUAACAAUGGCAAAAACCAGCCAUCUGGAGAUGGCAGUACAACUCCAGGCACAUUUCAAUCAACUAAAGAAUUCACAAGACGUCGAAUUAUUAUACCACCACGUCGGCGGAAAACUAUUACCGGUGUAAAUAUAGCAAAAACAAUCAAUACUAUUGGAAAUCUAAAUGACUUGAUAAAAGCACCAUCACCGACAGUAUUACAUAAUGGUAAAACACUGACAAUCGAACCAAAGAUAACCACCAAUGAACCUAACCAGCUAUCACAUCUUACAAAACCACAAUCAAUAUCUCAUUUAACAUUGAAUGAAGAUCAUUCUUAUCCCCCGUGUGCUUCAUUGCUAACCUCAUCAUCAACUUCAUCAUCAAGAUGGCGUCCAUGGAUCGCACAAUCGCCAACGGUAACACAUCCAACUAAUACAUGGUCAACUUCUAUGCCUUAUUCACUUGGACAAGUGUCUUGUGUGAAUCCGAAUCAAGGGAAUUGCUUACAAGUAUUUGUAAUGAAUGAAGAGACUAGUCGGCUACAAGUGUUAAGCUAUCCAAUUAGACCAAAUAUGACAGCUAGAGAAUUAAACAAUCUGAUCGCAUUUCAAAUGAGAAUUUUCGAUUCUAAAGAUUUUGGAUUAUUUGCUUACAUUAAUGGAACAGAAAUCCAACUGGAAGAUGAAUUACACAUGGCUGAAUUUACAAAUACAACUUCAGAUAUCCUACAUUCAGGCCACACGCUUCCAAACACCACCAAUGCAAACCAAACAACAAUAGCAACUACAACAAAAACAACCACAACACCAUCACGUUCACAAACAGGCACACUAAAUUCACUCAAAGAUCCUGAAUCUCAUCCAUUCAAAAGUCAUGCCUCCAUCAGUUCACGUUCUGAAUCAACAACAACUAGCAGUUCAUGUGGUGAAUCACGUUCACAGCAAACAACAAUACAACGUAUUCGUAAGCCUAGUAAAUCACGUCCUGCAUGGUGGAUCAUGUGUGGAUCAAAUAGUCAACAAACACAAACACAAAAACACCAACCGGUGAAUCCAUCAAUUGAAAAUUCAAUACAUACAGAGGUCAUCGGUAAAAAUCAAGAUCUUGGCAAGCAUAAACCAAUUUUAGUUUAUCGACGUAAAUCAGGAUAUUUUGCUUUAUCAGAUCGUUUGUUAACUGGAAUGAAAUCUGCCCAACAACAACAACAACAAAAUUCAGGAUAA